ACAAAAAAGGAGGAUCAGCGCGUGACGAGGGAGGAGCAGUGCUUCGUUGACCCAUCCCCGUUCCUCAGGACAGGUCGCUCCCCAUGGUGACUGCUGCCACUUCCCAGGUCUUCCUCCUCCUCUCAACUGCUCCUCCCCCAUUCCACUCCACUAGUCCCCUGCUACUCCCCUGACCCCCUGAGCAAUUGCUCGAGUCCCCUCCCAAUCUAGUCCCCAAAUCCCGAUCUCCUUACCCAGAUCCUUUCUGAAAUCAAGCAGUCGCAAGUCAGUAUAAGUGGAUCUGCAGGCUGUAGCUGCACAUUCGUGAGGGGUGUCCAUUUAGUUUUUGCAAGCUGCAAGCUGGGAGCAACCAUUCGAAAAGCUACUGUAACAGACCACCUUUAAUUCUUUAUUUUAGAAGAUUGCGUCCGACUGACACUGUGAAACAAGCGAGUUGGAUCUAAGGGCGAGCACGGGGGCCAUGGAGGGUGCUCUGGUGAGUGUGGCGACGGGGACCCUGAAACCCGUCCUGGGGAAGCUGGCCUCUCUGAUGGGCGACGAGUACAAGCGUCUCAAGGGGGUGCGCGGCGAGAUCAAGUUUCUGACCGAUGAGCUUACCGCAAUGCAUGCCUUUCUCCUGAACAUGUCAGAGGAGGAGGAUCCUGAUGUGCAGGAUAAAGUUUGGAUGAAUGAGGUGCGCGAGCUGUCCUACGGCAUGGAGGACUCCAUCGAUGACUUCAUGAAACAUGUAGAUGACAACGACACAAAGCCAGGUAGCUUCACGGAGAGGAUCAAGAACUUGUUGGGGAAGAUGAAGACUCGCCAUCGGAUUGCAAACGAGAUCCAAGAUUUGAAGAAACGUAUCAUUGAGGUGGGCGAGAGGACUGCAAGGUACACAACUCGUGAUGCCUUGUCCAAAACCGUCAAUGUGACCGUUGACCCUAGAGCUCUUGCAAUCUUUGAGCAUGCCUCAAUGCUCGUCGGAAUUGAUGAACCGAAGGCAACGCUAAUCAAACUCUUGACUGAAGAGGACGGAUGUGCAUCAACACAAUAUCAACAAGUGAAGAUGGUCUCUGUCGUUGGAUCUGCAGGAAUGGGCAAGACAACUCUUGCAAACCAAGUGUAUCAAGAGCUCAAAGGCAAACUCAAGUGUCGGGCUUUCGUGUCAGUGUCACGCAAUCCAGACAUCAUGAAUAUUCUCAGAACUAUUUAUGGUGAAGUUAGCGGGAAACCUUAUACUGACACAGAAGCAGGGAGUGUACAACAACUCCUCGCCAUUAUCUCCAACUUCCUUGCAGACAAGAGCUACUUUAUUGUUGUUGACGAUAUAUGGAAGAAGGAAACAUGGGAUGUUAUUAAGUACGCAUUCCCCAUGACCAGUUGUGGCAUAAUAAUCACCACUACUCGUAUGAAAGAUGUCGCUAAUUCAUGUCAGACGUCAUUCAGUGGCCAUAUUUAUAACAUAAGGCCUCUUGAUAUUGUUUAUUCAAGACAGUUAUUUCACGGAAGAUUAUUUAACUCCGAAGAAAAUUGCCCUCCAUACCUUAAAGAAGUUUCUGAUCAAAUCUUGAAAAAAUGUGAUGGGUUACCUUUGGCGAUCAUCGAUAUAUCUGGUUUGUUGGCUAACACAGAAAGAAUAGAGGGCCUAUGGAACCAAGUGAAAGAUUCAAUUGGCCGUGCACUUGAAAGAAAUUCUAGCGUUGAAGGAAUGAUGAAGAUAUUGUCACUUAGUUAUUUUGAUCUGCCUCCUCAUCUGAAGACGUGUCUCUUAUAUGUGAGUAUAUUUCCGGAGGAUUCUUUUAUUGGGAAGAAUGAUAUCAUAAGUAGGUGGAUAGGUGAAGAAUUCAUUCACAAAGAAGGCAGAUAUACAUCACAUGAGAUAGGAGAAAGGUGUUUUAAUGAGCUCCUUAAUAGGGGUUUGAUUCAACCGGGGAAGACAAAUGAAUAUGGUGAGGUAGAGAGUUGCCAAGUUCAUGACACAAUUCUUGAUUUCAUCAUAUCCAAGUCCAUAGAAGAGAACUUCGUUACUUUACUAGGUGUUCCAAUUCUGACAAUUGGGACACAAAGCAAAGUCGUUCGUCGACUCUUUCUACAAGGAAUUAAUCAAGGAAAUUCAACAAUACAGCCAGCAGGUUUGGUGUUGUCCCAUGUACGAUCACUGGGUGUGUUUGGAGGUUUUGUGGAAAUCCCUUCUCUGGAGGAAUUCAAACAUCUGUGUGUUCUCCACUUGAGCCAUUGCCAAUCAUUGGAAGAACAUCAUCUUGAGAAUAUAGUGAGGUUGCCCCAGCUAAGGUACCUGAACCUCAAAAAUACAGAAAUAAGGAAGCUCCCAGAACAAAUCGGGCGUUUAGGUUGCCUAGAGUUGUUGGACCUAAGACACACUUGUGUAGAGGAAUUGCCUGCAUCUAUUGUUAAUCUCAAAAAAUUGACGCAUCUUCUUGUUGACUAUGGUGUUAAAUUUCCUGAUGGAAUUGAGGAGAUGCAAGCAUUGGAGACAUUGGAAGAGGUCAGGUUCUCCAACCAACCAUUUGGCUUCCUGUCCGGCCUUGGCCAACUAAAGAAUUUGAGGAAUCUGGUUCUUUUCUUUGGUUUCGAAGAGUAUUCUGACACUAAGGAUGCAAAUAUGGUUGAAGAGGAGUGCAUCAAAUCUAUCAUCUCUUCCCUGUGUAAACUAGGCACCCAGGACCUUCGCUCUCUAACUAUUUGGGAUUGGAGCAGCCUCUUACAAGAACCUUUGUGCCCGCUUACCCUCGAUAGACUUAUUAACUUCUCGUUAGGCGCCCCACAGGUUCCGAAAUGGGUGAGCUCCCUCAGAAACCUCCAAGAGAUACACCUUAUAGUGGAUGAAGUCAAGCAGGAUGAUCUCUGCAUCCUUGGGGCCUUACCCACUCUGCUCAUUCUGCAUCUGGAGGAAGAAACAAUGUCAAACAAAAAAAUCAGAGUCAGUGGUGAAGUUGGGUUCCAAUUCUUGAGGAUUUUUAUUUAUGAGGCAAAUCCUCACCCGGUAGAUCUGAUGUUUGCGGCAGGAUCCAUGCCCAAGCUAGAAAAACUCGUGCUUUCUUUCCGCAUAGCAGCUGGCUCUCUGGACUUUGGAAUCAAGAACCUCCCCUGCCUCAGUACGGUCAAAUGUAGUACAAAUGCCGACGAUGGCAUUUUUGGAGCCAUACAGACUGCCGUGGAGAGAGCAGCCAGCACACACCCCAAUCACCCUAGUUUACUCUUUCGGAGAGAUGUCAAAUGUAGUACAAACAAGGCUCCAUACUUCUCUCCUUUAUGAUACGCCAGUACACUGUACUCUCUCUGUUGGAUAAUGUAUUAUCUAUGACAUCCAUGUUUUUCAUAUUUUACAUAUGACGACAUGUGGAGUCCGUGUGAUACAAUAUUGUUGAAUUUGUGCUUGAAUAAAACAUUUUCAUAUGGUUGUGA